AUGUCCACAAUCCAACCAAUCAGAUGUCCGCACGCCUUUGAAGCUUUCUGCAGCUUCGAAUAUGGGGGCACGUACUUCUUGAGGAGGAACCACCCCUUUAGUGACGUCAGCGUCUGUGAAGGAAACAUCCUUGAGCCAAACAUGGACUGGGACGGUUUCAACUCGACGUUCGGGGACCCCCGAUGCGACUAUCUCCUUGGUCUUCAACAGCUGUGGUACAUCUUACGUCAAGGCGUUUACAACCUGCACGUCUAUCUCAAAUACUAUGAACACCCAACAGACCUGAAGCCCAUAAUAGCUCGUGUUUAUUAUUUGCACUUCCGGAUAGGCUCUGACUUAGAGGGCUACCCCAUCCAGUACAGCUCCUACAAGACUUACAAUAAUGCAGAGGACGGUCUCAUGUUAGGGGCCGACACUCCCACCAAGUUCUGCACUCGUGACCGGGAUUGUGGAACUUGUGCUCGGGACAGAGGAGUCGGGUGGUGGUACACGCCUAACUGUACUAACUUUCCCCUGACCGUGAGGAACGGAACAGUUGUAUGGCCAAUCAACGGAAAGGUCAGGACGCUGAGUUCAGUGUCGAUGCUGAUCACGCCUCCCAAUUACUAUUGA